UGAUUUUGCAUUUCCAGGGAGGAUGGCUGCUUUGUUUACUAACAGUCCUCCUCCCUGUCGGCUCAGGCACACUGCUCUGGAUGGCUGUGCAGAGCAUUGUCCUUACAGUGAAGUACCAACACACUGCCCCCCCCCCCCCCAGUAAAACACUCCCUACACAAAGUUAACCCUUUGCUCACCCCUCAUGUUAACCCCUUCCUGCCCAGUGCCAUUAGUACAGUGUCAGUGCUUUUUUUUUUUUUUAGCACUGAUCACUGUUUUGGUGUCACUGGGGAUGUCAAUGACACCAAGUCAGUUCCCCCCAGUGUCAGACUGCCCACCACAGUCCUGCCAU